AAAUUUGAGCGCCUUUUUUUCUUCCUUUUUUUUCUUUUUAAUUAAUUGUGUAUCAAUAUAAUCUUUCACAAUUGUUUUGCCAGAUCAUUUCCGCCAUUCGCUUCGUGGACACGACUCUCCCCUUCGACCAUCAACACAUCAACACAUACCCGUAUUCUUCCAGGUUCAGGUCAUCAAAGAACUCAAGCGCCUUGAAGUGAAAUAUUUCGGGUUGUAGUCGAAACACAAGGCACCAUGGCUGCCAUUGUCCAGACGAUUCCACAGACGGGGACAGUGACGAUGCUUCAGACUCGCCCUUCCUCCUCAUCGGGUUCCUUCGCGUCUCCGUCCCAGACGUCCCAUCAACAGAGUCCCCGGAGUCAAUCAGUGUCCCAUACGAUGGGUACCUCGACGAACCACAGGGGUCAUCAGGCAAUGGCUCCUGUAGCCCCCUAUGCCUUUACAGCUACGCCCGGAAACCCCCAGAACCGUCAGUCAUGGGCGCCUCAACCGAGGCUGGACAGCAGGUCGUCAUCUGCUACUUCAGUUCCUCAAGGGUCGGGCAGUUUCUCAUUCAAUGGAAGUAUGCACAACUCAGCAGCUGGUUCUGUAUCCACCGCAUCCACCUCUUCAUCUGGAUCCUACAUGUCCAAAGACGACACUGCCAUCCCUUCAAGACGCCAAGCAGGUGACCUAUCUCCGCGUCCGCUGUCGACCGUCAAUAUCCCUUCAUCGUCCUUCAUGAACAUCUCUUCUCCCGUUCUUGCACCCAAGCCGUCCCCCGACCGUUACCGUCGUGGGAACAGACGGGCUGAUAACUCGACUGCGGCUCACAAUUCGGCUGGUGUUCUCGCGACGUCGGGGCCAGUAGGUCGUGUGUCCACACCUGAUUCAACAACACAAGGGAAUGCUUCGUCAACCUCGAGCGUGCAGCGGCCUUUCCUGUCUCCGGACCGUAGCGCUGGUGGCCACGUACGUGUUUCCAGUGCGGACGAUACACGAUCCGAGAGACUACAGCAGCCUGAACUCGCAAAGCGAUAUAGACGCAGAAGUUGGGCGACCAUCGACACCGCUGGAGUUGCCGGUCUAAGAGGCGAGACACCUUCGCCAGAGAAUACACUGAUCAACAUGUCCGGUGCUCGUUCAAGGGAAGAGCGGCCCUCGUCACGGUCAUCUCACUCGGCCAACGGUAGCACAGACAGCAUACAUUCGACGCGGUCGAAUCACUCGGCUCCACGCGAUGCUAGCAGCACACGGGCUUCAUCGGCCAACGAGGAGAACGGACACCGUACCCCAGAAAUCUCCAAACGGCCGGCCAACCCUUCUCCAUUGUCCAAUCCGGUCACAAUGAGCCCUGUAGCCGAUGCGUCAAAGUCGACUUCACCAGCUAAGGAGGAGAAGGAGACGAAACCCGCUGAAGGUUCUGCAGCUCAACGGCUGGCAGACAUCACCAAAAAUGAGCAAAAGAAGUCUGGAAAAUCUCGUCUAAGGAGGGCAUUUUCUUUCGGAAGUGCGUCCGAGCUGCGACGUGUUUCUGCUCAACAGAGCCUCGGCAGGAGAGAUGGGGAAGUUGAGAAGACCCGUAGACAGCAGCUUAGUGAAGAACUGGGCGCUGAACAGGCUGAAAUCGCAGAGAGACAAGAGGCUAGCGGACUUGGAGAGAGUAUCUACUCGCAUUUCGCGGGGUCUACGGACAAUUUGUCUAUCUCCUCGACCGCUUCUUCUGCAUCUAUCAUGCUCCGCAAGAUGGGCAAAGGGAUGAAGCGUUCUACCCGGUCUCUCGUUGGGCUUUUUCGGCCCAAGUCUCUCGUGAAUGCCUCUGCAGAUCCGAUCGCCGUGGAGCCAAUGGCCCCGAAGGUGUCGAUAGUGAACAUCGAAGCUGACAAGAAGGGCACGGGCUUCAACCCAGAUACACACGGACAUGGUGGCGUCUUCGCUACUUCGGACGGAGCUAGCACAGACACCUCGAGAACCGGGUCUCUCCGUGAAGCAUCGCGUAAAAGCAUUAUGGGAGGAGAGAAGGAGCGUGCUGAAGUUCUCGCGGCUGUUCGAAAGGGCAUCCUUAAGAGAACUGGCACCGAUUCUGGGAACUCGUCCCCGGCCUUAAGGCCAGCGGAGUCUAGUGCUGCUCGUUCGAACGACUCUCCACACUCCAGCGCCCCCAGCACUCCUGAAGAUCGUGCUUCUGGGGCUGGGCAAAGACGGGCUGAUGCCGUGAAGAUUGAGGGCGAGGAUUACUUCCUUUCGGUAGGCAGGUUUGGGGGACCUGAUUCGAAGAGCGCCCCAAUCACACCGCAAUCGGUCUCGAAGAAUAUCGUAUUCAGCCCCCGUAUCCAGUUUCACGAGACCUGGCCUAGCGGGGAAUACGAUCGACGGGGUGAUAUUGCUACCUGCAACAGGUUGACUCCCCUCCUUGCGCAGCAAAUCAAGGAGGAGCUCAAUACCUUCAAGAUGGAGAUGGAAGUCCAUGAGACGUCGAAAGUCUACACCCAUUUUCUCUAGAUGACUUUACAACGUUCGCCUGGUCUUUCGGAAAGCUCGCGCAUAUUCGUGAGGCUCUUGUAGAUCUGCUGUCAUGAUCCUAUCGUUGAUUCCUGAUCACUCCCGAUUACGAUAUCUAGCGACUGUUCUUGUCUUGAUCAUUAGACUUGUCUCUAAAAGCAUUACGGGGCCCUCGACGUCUGGACCAAUUUUGACACGCCUUUUUGACGGAUCCAGCGUCAUCUCUUUCCUUUUCCUCAUAUACCAAGCGUUUGCUCUCGUCUGUGUUCGGAGUUUUCAGGCGUUACUGUUCCAAGGAG